AUGGGCACUCAAAAUGGGACAAAUCAUCAUCCAAUGUUCCAUUCAUCGAACACAUUUUCAAUCGAUGAAUCGAAAUUAUGCUUCAAUAAGACGCAUUUCAAUAGAACUGAUUUCAAUGUGGAGAGAUUUAUGAAUUUGGCAAGGCAGUGAGUUUUUAAGGGAGAAAAUGAAGAUAAAUUCAAUUUUAAAAAAAUAUUUUGUAUUUAGGAAAGCUGAUUUGAAAACAAUUCAAAAAGAUUUGCAAUUAUAUUUGAAAUGCGUGCAAAAUUCAAUGAUUGAGCUGAUUAAUGACGAUUAUGCUGAUUUUGUGCAUCUUUCUUCGAAUCUUGUCAGUUUACAAGAAUCAUUGAAUAAAAUUACAAUGGAUAUAGAUGUAAGGUUUUUUCUACCUUUUUAAUAAAAAAAACAACGAGAAAUUUUUUUUAGAACAUUUGGGAAGAAUUCGAGGACGCUACAAGAAGUUCAGUUGGAACCGGCGAGAGAAUCGAGAAAAAAUGCGAAGAACUUUCAAUAAAUCGCGAAAAGCAGGCAGAACUUCGAGAUCGAAUCGCAUUUUUAACUGCUCUUGAAAAACUCGGCCAAAUGCUUAGACCCCCUCCAAAACAAUGUUCAGCCCUAUGGCUUCAAAAAGUCUCGACUUUUGUUGUUGAAUUGAACACUUCCAACAUCUCCUUAUAUUCUGAAGAGGAAAAAGAUGCGCAUAAUUUGGUAUUAUCGAAAUUGGAAAAAGUAUUAUGUGAUGAAGGUGUUCGAAGUGCUUCAAGUGAUUGUUUGACAUUGCCAUUGGUUUUAUCGAUUUUAUCGAUUAGUGAUAGUUCACAUGCUUUGAUUGCGAAUUUAGUUGCUGAUUAUUUAUAUCCACAAAUUGUUGAGAAAGAUGAGAUUAAGAGGGAUCAAUUUGAAAAGUUACAACAUGUUUUUGAGAGUGUUUUGGAGGUGAAUCAAGAGUUCUAAGAAAAUUUAUGUGGUUUUCGAACCGCUGAUCAUUAUUCCGUUGUCUAAAAUUACAAAACUCAACUCCUAAUUUGAGUUAUGCUGAUUUUCAUGCAAAUCUGAUAGGUUCCGGAUGAUUUUUAAGGGGCUGAUUUAUGAACGAAAAAAAUGUUGAAAAACAUUGUAGGAAUUAGUGUUUCGAGUUUUUCAAUAAAAAAUGAGGAAAAAUCGAGAUUUUUGAAGCUUCUGGAGUGAUUUCUGAUGAAAAUUGACCUCGAAAUUCACUUUUCAGAAGUUUUUGCUGAAUUUUUCGUAAAAUAAAAAGGUUUUCAUCAGAAAUCAUUCCAGAACCUUCAAAAAUCUCAAUUUGUUAUCAUUUUUGAUUGAAAAACCAAUGUUUUUUGACUUUUCAUUGAUCUUUCAAUGUUAAAAAAUACUUUUUCGUUCAUAAAUCAGCCCUAUAGGAUUCAGAAGGUUCAUUCAAUAAUUCGGAUGAUUUUUCAAAACAAAAAUAAUUUUUCAACAUUUGAUCACAACAUAGAUUUGGUGAUCAAUUUUGAACAAUUAUUUUUGAUCAGAACUUUUCUGAAAAAAAUCAUGAACGCUAUGAGAUUUCCGUGAAAAUCAGCUAGUUUUCAGCUCCAAAAAUCCCCAAUUUUAGACAUCAGAAUAAUGAUCAGGGCCCAAAACUACAGUACUAGAAAUCAAACUAUUUUCCAGACCCGCACAACCUGGACUCAAAAAAUCGGCGCCACCCAUUUCACCCCAAAACUUCGCUCAUUUCUCGAUGAAACCCUCCUCACAUUCGUUCUAACUUUCAUCGAUAAACACAUGUCAACAGUUGCAGUACCAAGUGAUACUCGUUUAUUCCACAAAUGCUUUUUGGCGACUCAAGAUUUCAUUGAGAAAUAUCCGAGUGCGAAAUUUUGUCGAGAAAUGUUGAAGACUAUUCGAGACAAAUUCAAUCUUCUGGUUUAUUUCAAAUUGGAAACUCAUAAAUUCACAAGGGAAAUCGAGAAUUCUACAAAUGAAGUGGAAGUUGAAGCUGGAACAAGUUCAGAUUUCAAUUGUAAACCAACACAUAUAAUUUUCCAAGCUAUAGAACAUAUUUGGAGUGAUGAUGUAUAUAUUUCAACAAUUGUUGAUAAAUUGUGGGAUUUCACUUUGCGACAAAUUUUGAAGCAUUUCUCGUGGGCUAAAAAUUCAGCAAACGAAAAAAACUAUAAAAUCCUCUUGAAAAUCCGCCUUGAUGUCGAAAAAUUGCAAAGUGAAGUAUUCGAUUUCGCUUUGGAGAAUAUCUGGACAAAGUUAGCCGAUAUUGGAGUUGACACAAGUCUUUUUGGACAAUGUUUGACGAAACAUGGGAAAAGUGUUGAUUUGUUGUGUAAAGAAAUUGAUGGGAAAAUAGUUGAAGUGUUUGCGGAGAAUUUGAAUAAGGAGAUGGCACAAGUUUCGGAUGUUCCGAAACAAUAUCGAUGGACGAAGAAGGUUGCACCAACUAGUUGUUCGAAUUAUGUGAAAGGAGCGGUUGAGAUGAUUGAAGGGUUUAGAGAGGAGUUAGAGUGAGUUUGGGGGUUUUUCUAGUGGUUUUGGACGAGCUGAUCACUAUUUUGAUGUCUAAAAUUUGGAAAACCUAUGAGUUAUGACGUGGCAAAGCUUCAAAGUUGAUUUUCACACAAAUCUGAUAGCCUGGGGCAUACGUCGCAUAGCCUCGUUCCAAAUCUACCAGUGCAUACCCCUAUUAUUGAAAAUUUCUGGCAAAAGGGAUACCCCCUACCCUUUUUCCUUUUUCUUUUUUAUGUGAAGUUGUAAAAACUUGAUAAUCAAAAUUUUUGUUAAAAUUUGAGCUCAAAAUUGCUUCACUUCGACAAAAAUCUCAUUCUCAUCACUUUUGGGUCAAAUUUUGAUUAAAAAUUCCUAUUUGUCAAAAACAAAAAAAAUACGUUUCAAAAUUUUGAUAUAAUUUAUUAUCAAAUAUUUUUUUCAAUAUAAUCACUAUUCAUAAGAUAAAUCCAAGUGGAAGAGUUUUUAGUAGUCGCAUUGAUAUAAUUGAUUUUAAUUUUUUUUUUAAAGCUUAGGAUUGCUCAGAUGAGACUAUGAUUCUCGGCAGAAUUUCUGUAUUUUCAGAUUUUUUUCUUGAAAAUUAAUUCAGAAUUUCUCAGAUUAGGCUAAGAAUUUCUAGAAGAAUUUUUGGAUUUUCAGAUUUUUUUCUUGAAAAUGAAACCUGAAUUCUUGAAAAUGAAACCUGAAUCGCAAUGUUUUUCCACAUAUUUCAAAUCAAUUUUCAGCUACAUUUUCAGCGUUUUUUUUGAACGCUAAAUUUCGCCAAGUUUGAGUUCGAAAUUUUCCCAGGAAUUCGGGAAACAAAUUUUUAUUCGCUUAUGGGGCUAUUCAUGUUAUUUUCUCAACGCUAAGAAAACAGGAGAAAAGCGAAGAAAACCUAUUCAGGUAGGCUGAGAAAAUACAAAAAGGAGGGAGAAAAUGUGUUUUCUCCGCAUUUCUCCUGUUUUCUUAACAUGUUAAGAAAAUACAUGAAUAACCCCAUUAGUUUUGAUAUUGAAUAUGUUAUCCAACGAUUUUGAAAAUUCACAGGGCUACUUCCUGAAAACUAGCUUCAAAAAUGAAUUUCAUGCAAAUCUGAUAGCAUAGCGUUGUUCAGAAGGCGAGUUAACCUAAGUUGACCAUUUUGAAGAACCCUAGACUAUCAGAUUUGCAUGAAAAACAUUUUUAAAGCUUCUGAAACCCGGAUUUUUCGAAAUUCCACGUCAUAACUCAUAUUAAGAGGGGAGUUUUGCAAAUUUUCACAUCGGAAUAAUGAUCAGCGAGUCGGAAAGUAGUAGAAAUUAAUUUUUUUAAUUAAAUAUCUCGAUCACAAACAGUACCCUAAUCAAAACCCUUUUUUCCAGAUCCUCAAAUCAUUCCAACAUCGAUUCAAUGAUAAAAUCAAUAAGUUCAACAUCCAUCCAAUUCUUCGCCCAAAAAGCCAAAGAAGUUCAAGAUUCUGUUGAAGCGACUGGUUCAAGUUUGUCAAGAUUCAAGAAAAAACCCGCGUCAGAUUCCGGAGUCACAGAUGAUGAUAAAAUCAAAAUUCAAAUCUUCCACGAUGCCCAAUUUCUAAUUGAAAAAUGCCAGGAAUUCGAGAUUACUGUAGAUGGUCUUGAAGCGAUUGUUGAACGAUUCAAAGAAACUGUUAUUAAAACACCAGUAGAUGCAUAA